AUGUCGCUGUCGAUGAUUCCUCAAUCGCAGUUGCCCUCCAACCCCACCAAUCUUCCACACUCGCCGCUCAAUAACGUGUCCCUGGCGCACGAGCACGAGACGGCCGGAGAGGGGAUGGAGGAGGGCAAACACUCGCAGCAGCCGCUCGCCGGAGCACCCGGCAUCACGAACGGCCCCUCCACCAACGAAGAAGUGUUCGGCUCCUCCACCGACGAAGAAGAAGGGUCCGGCUCCUCCACCGACGAAGAGGAGGGGUCCGGCUCCUAUAUGAACGACCCCUUCCAGAAGGAAAAUGAAGAUGAAGAGUCGUUGUUCUCCGAUUCUUCGCUGGGACCCGCUGCCAUGGAUGUCGUUGCUGUGGAGGAGAAGAAAAGGCCUCACCGAGCCGGGAGGAAGGGAGGAAAACCAGGCGCAUAUGUUCGUGUUUGGUCUGCACAAGACGAGGUUCGCAUCCUCGAGGGCCUCGCCGUCCACGUCAAAACCCAUGGUUCUCCUCCAGGUCGCUCCCAGCUGUGCGAUGUCCUCCACGGACUCAUUGUUGACAAGGAGGAGUUCACAAAAUCAGAGAUUUACGAGAAGGUCUGCCGCAUGAGGGAUAAGUACCGUUCUAUGCGGGCCACUAUUGCUUCCGGAGCACCACUGCGUGGCGGCGCCGAUGUCCUCCGGAAGUACGAGAUCUCCAACAAAAUUUGGGGUGAUUCACCACCGUUGACCAAUGGCGGAAAGAAGAAGAAGGGCAACACUAAUCAUGCGCCAGGACCACGUGUCCGCAGGGACUUUGAGGAGCUCCAGGAUAUAUACCCUCACCUUGCUCUGGCAGUGGAGAAGAUCGACGCCGAUGGGCAGGGCCCUCUAAAGAGGGCGUUUGAGUUUAUUGAUGAUGCUAAAGCCGGCCAACUGAAUGCCAAAGUGAAGAAACAACGGGUUUUGGAGAUCAAGGCAGAGUUGGACCGUGCUAGCAUACGGGGUGAGCCGCCAGAGCAGGGGCGGCUCUCUUCCGCCAUUGCUGAGGCGGCGGAGGAGGAGGAGUCAGCUGACGCAGCGAAGGAGGCCGAGUCGACUGGCAUGGCGGAGACAGCUAGGGCGGAGGAGGAUUCUGCUCAGGGGCCUCCUCCGCCGGAGUCCACUGAGGCGGCAGAGACAGCUGACGCGGCGGAGAUGGCUGAGGCAGCGGAGGUAGAGCUGGACUGUGAGGAAUCUGGUGAGGGGCCUCCUCCGACUGUGUUUGCUUAG